GCAUGCAGGGCCCAGUGAGCAUCAGCCACCGCUCCGACGCCGCCGUCGCCGCUCAGCCAGCAUCAGCCACCAGCCAGCGAGCACCGGCUCCUGCCCGCCGCCUCUGCCUGGCGAUGCCUGAAGUCCCCACUGUGCGCUCCUGGCCGCUGGGCUCCUCCUGCGGCGUGGCCACUGCGCGCUGUGCCCGCGGGCUCAGCUGCCGUGCACUUCCAGGGGAGCCGCGGCCCCUGCAAGCCCUCACCCGCGGCCAGGGCUCCUGCAUGCCAGCACCCAGCACCGAGGCCACAGAUGCAAAGAACCCUGCUGCCCCAGAGAACGUGCCGUCCGAGAGCACAGAGAUGACCCAGGAGCAGCUCCUGAACAGUUUCCACCUGAUGGUUGCGUCCAGCGAAGACCUGCCGAUCCUCUGGAAUGCCAUUAGUCAUUAUGAGAGCAUGAGGGCCCUAGAGAUCACAGACCUCAAAAAGUGGAAGGAGCCCUGCCAGCGAGAACUCUACAAAGUGCUGGACAGAUUAGCCAGGGAGCAGCAGAAGGCAGGAGACAAGCUUUACAAGUUUUAUCUGCCCAACUGCAACAAGAAUGGCUUCUAUCACAGCAAACAGUGCGAGACGUCCCUGGAGGGAGAGCCUGGGCUCUGCUGGUGCGUCUACCCUUGGAGUGGGAAGAAAAUCCUGGGGUCUGUGGCCGUCAGAGGGGACCCCAGGUGCCAUCAGUAUUUUAACUUACAGAACUGAACGCAGAGGCCAAUGACCUUCCCUCCACGUGAAAUAUUUACGUACACAGUGUAUUUAUACUCCAGCACACACUCACACCUUUAUAUAUAUGUGUAUAUGUAUGUAUAUAUGAGAACUACCUUUUGUACUCCACGUGUUAUUUGAUAUAUAAAGCUGUAGUUUAUUUAUUCACAAAUUUAUUUUUUUCUACACAGUAACUUGUGUUAUGUUAACUUAUAUGUCACGAAACACUUUUCCCAUCCUGUUGUCUACGGAUACUUGUAUUUUAGCUCUUCAAAGAUUCCUGCUGCUGUGAAAAUACAUUCCUGAGCAGGUGAAAAUACUGCCUGGAAAUGCAAAA